CCCUCCCCCCGGGGAGCCUGGGCGGCGGGUGCUGCCCGCCCGCCUUCCCGGAGCAGCCGUCGCCUUGGCCAGCCCAGCUGCCGCGGGAGCCUCAGCAGCGGCGGCGGCAGGAGGCAGCAGGCAGGCGCCGGAGCAGCAGCCAUGAGCCAGGCAACGGCCGCUUCUUGCGUCUCCUCUCCAUCCUCGUCUCCAUCCUCCGUAGCAGCAGCAGCAGCAGAAGCGCCCUCCGCUCGCGGCUCCCCGGCGUCCGGCAGCCCCAGCCCGGCGGGACCAUGAAGCGGCAGAACGUGCGGACGCUGGCGCUGAUCAUCUGCACCUUCACCUACCUUCUGGUGGGCGCCGCCGUCUUCGACGCGCUGGAGUCCGAGGCGGAGACGGCCGACCGGACGGCCCUGGAGGAGAAGCAGCUGGAACUGAAGAGCAAGUACAACCUGAGCGAGGCCAACUACUGCGAGCUGGAGGGGGUGGUCCUCAAGCUCAAGCCCCACAAGGCCGGCGUCCAGUGGAAGUUCGCCGGAUCCUUCUACUUCGCCAUCACCGUCAUCACCACCAUCGGGUACGGCCACGCGGCCCCGAGCACCGAUGGCGGGAAGGUCUUCUGCAUGUUCUACGCCCUGCUGGGGAUCCCGCUCACCCUGGUCAUGUUCCAGAGCCUCGGGGAGAGGAUUAACACGCUGGUGAGGUACCUCCUGCACCGCAUCAAGAAGUGCCUUGGGAUGAGGCGGCCGGAGGUCUCGAUGGCCAACAUGGUGACCAUCGGCUUCUUCUCCUGCAUUAGCACCCUCUGCAUCGGGGCCGCCGCCUUCUCCUACUAUGAAAACUGGACCUUCUUCCAGGCCUACUACUACUGCUUCAUCACGCUCACCACCAUCGGCUUCGGAGACUAUGUGGCCCUGCAGAAGGAGCAGGCUCUGCAGACUCAGCCCCAGUACGUGGCCUUCAGCUUCAUCUACAUCCUCACCGGCCUGACCGUGAUCGGCGCCUUCCUCAACCUGGUGGUGCUGCGCUUCAUGACCAUGAACGCCGAGGACGAGAAGAGGGACGCCGAGCACCGGGCGCUGCUCAGCCGCAACGGCCAAGCCAGCAGCGUCCACACCACGGACACCACGGCGUCCUCCACGGCCGCCGCGCUGGGGGGCGUGGGGGUGGGCGGCGGGGCCGGGGGGCGUGGGGGCUUCCGGAAUGUCUAUGCUGAGGUCUUGCACUUCCAGUCCAUGUGCUCCUGCCUCUGGUACAAGAGCCGGGAGAAGCUGCAGUAUUCCAUCCCUAUGAUCAUCCCCAGGGACCUCUCCACCUCGGACACCUGCAUGGAACAGAGCCACUCGUCUCCGGGGCGGUACCCCGAGACGCCGCCCAACCGGUGCUUCUGCAACGCCCAGCGCUCGGCCAUCAGUUCUGUCUCCACGGGCCUGCACAGCCUCUCCGCCUUGCAGGGACUCAUGAAGCGGCGCAGCUCGGUCUGAAGGCUGGGGAGACCCUCUCCGGGACUGUCCUAAAUGGCAGAGGAAGGGGAGGAGGAGAGCGGUGGGGGUGGGGUGGGGAGAUAGGCAGGCAGAGACCCCAGGCUGGGAGGAAUGGUGUCCACCGUAACCAAGAACUCAUACAGGUGACAAUCUAAAGGGAAGGGAAGAGUCAGCAGCUGGGCCGGGCGUCGUGGGCCUAGGAGGACAGAGUAAGAGAUGGGUUGGCUCCCUGGGUCAUGGGGAAAGCGAGUCAUGGAGAGCUCAGAGGGGGCUCAGCUGCAGAAAAAGGGGGGUGAGAUAUGGAGGUCAAGCUGCUCCAGAGGCGCCAGCUGCUUCGAGCCCAUUCUUCCCUGGAAGGGAGUCCUGCCAGGCGCUCUUCUGAAUGCUCCCAGUUGCAGAAGCUCCGCAAAAAUGUGAAACUUGAAAAUCGGGG